AUGUCCACUGAUUUUUCGCGCUCAGAAGUGCCCGAGGUGGUCGUAAGCCGGCUGCCCCAGUAUCUGCGCAUCCUCAACCGCCUGAUGGAGGACGGCAUCACUGUUGUCAGCUCGCAGCAGUUGGGGGAAAAGCUGCAGGUUACACCGGCCCAGAUUCGCAAGGACUUGAGCUACUUCGGCCGAUUUGGAAAGCAGGGUCGCGGCUACAGCGUACACGAUCUCCUUGACCGUCUGCGGCAGAUUCUCGGCGUAAACGCUUUCUGGAACGUCGCGGUCGUUGGCGUGGGGCGGCUUGGGCGCGCCAUCGUCAACUAUCCGGGUUUCACGCCGGAUGGUUUCCACCUGGUAGCGGCUUUCGACGUUAACAAGGACGUGAUUGGCAGCGACGUGGGUGGGCUAAUGGUUCAUUCCCUGGAAAACCUGAGAAGCGUUGUCGAUGAACGGAAGAUAAGCAUCGCCAUUGUCGCGGUGCCGGUUUCUGACACACAGGAGGUUGUGGACCAGUUGGUCGCCUGCGGCAUACGGGCCAUCCUCAACUACGCCCCGAUCAUUCCGCACGUUCGCGAGGGUGUCAGGAUCCGCAACAUCGACCCUGUCCUUUCCCUCCAGUCCAUGACCUACUAUAUCAACACCUCCAACGACGACUAG